AUGUUUACUUAUAAAGAAGCCGUCGAUAAGCUCAACUCCCUCCAAAGCAAUGCUGCUCUACUAGAAAAAUUACGCAAAGCAGGCCCAAGAAUGAACGAAAAGAGUUUGCCAGAAAUGAGAGACUACUUUAAGCGCAUCGGCUAUCAGCCCAAGGACUUUGAUAAGCUCAACUUGAUCCAUGUCACUGGCACAAAAGGAAAGGGCUCAACAAGCGCUUUGACUCAAUCUGUUCUCCACAAUUACGACACCACUAUAAAAACCGGCUUAUUCACCUCGCCUCAUUUGGUCGCUGUUCGUGAGAGAAUUCGUAUCAAUGGUGUACCUAUCAGUGAAGAGUUGUUUGCAAAGUACUCGCAAGAGGUAUGGGAGAGAUUAGAGGCAACCAAGGAAGAAGCCAUCAAGGCCAUGAACUUAUCCGAACAAGACACCAAGGAAAUGCUGCGAAACACAAGAGAACACCCUGAUAAGCCCAUCUAUUUCAGGUAUUUGACAUUGGUGGCAUUGCACGCAUUCGUCCAAGAGAAGGUGGAUUGUGCUAUUUUGGAAGUUGGCGUUGGCGGUGAAUACGAUUCCACUAACAUCAUCGAGAAGCCAAUUGUUUGUGGUAUCACUGCUCUUGGUCUGGAUCAUGUUUCCGUGUUGGGUAAUACUAUUGACCAAAUUGCUUGGCACAAGUCUGGUAUCAUCAAGCCCAAUGUGCCCGUCGUAUCGUUUGAACAGCCUCCGUUGGCAAUGGAAGUCGUUGAGAGAAGAGCACGAGAAAAGAACGCGCCAUUGACUAUCCUACAUGCUAAGGAUGUUUCCAAAUUAGAAGGUGUUGAAAUAGGUUUGGCUGGAGUUCAUCAAAAAUACAAUGCUCUGACAGCAAUCGAAUUAUGCAAAAUAUGGCUCAAGAAAAUUCGAGGUACCGUGUUGGAGCAAGAUGUGCCUGAAGGUUUCAAAAAAGGUUUAGCAUUGGUGAAAUGGCCUGGCAGAGGACAGCAAUUGCCGCUGAAAGACACAAAGUAUGCAACAACAAGCAACAAUGCCACAUGGUACUUGGACGGUGCACAUACCAUUGAAAGCCUCCAAGUAUGCGCCGAGUGGUUUAAAAACACCAUCCACAAAUCCAACAGUGAUGACCAUAUUCGAGUUUUGGUCUUUAAUUGCACGCACGGCCGAGAUAGCAGCCAUCUUUUGCAAGUCAUUGCCGACAUCCAACCUCAAGUUCAGUUUGAUCAUGUCAUUUUCACCACCAACAUCACAUUCAGAGAAGGAUACACCACAGACAAUACCAACAAGACUGUGUCCAUGGAGGAAGUUGUCUCUGUGCAGCAAGAAUUGGCCAAGAGCUGGAAAGAGCACGUUCCCGACUUUUCCAAUGAUCGAGUCCACGUCGUUGACACCAUUGAAGAUGCCGUUGAUUUUGCUGUUGAUCUGUCCAAGAAAUCAAGCGAUAAGCAUGUUCAGGUCUUGACUACCGGCAGUUUAAUUAUGGUGGGUAACACUUUGACGGUAUUGGGCAUCGAGCCUCAGUGA